CUUUUUUUUUGAUCUAACUUCUCAAAAGCCCCAAAAGGAGAUAAACAAGUACGGGAAUUGUACGGUUUGAACAAUUUCUGACGCUAUUUUAACCGGCGACUUAAUGUUGGAAAUGAACCUGAGGUGUGACUUCCGUUAAAUAUCCGUUGGAUUUGUCAGCGAACAUUGUAGGAUUCUGAGAUCGCAAUAGCUCACUGGGAGCUCAAAUGGGAUCUAUCAUGAUUUUACUGAAUAUUCUGAGCGUCCUGAUUUUAUUGGAUGAGGUGGAACUUUCCAUGGCUAGCCAUCCUGCCUUGUCAGAGCUGGGAACUCAUGGUUGGAGAGCCCCCAUGGACUGCCUGAGGGCCAGUGAGGUGUGCAACCAAAACUCACAGUGCAGCUCACGCUUCCGCAUAAUGCGCCAGUGCCUGGUAGGUCGUGAUAGGACUACCAUGCUGGGCAACAGAGAGUGUCAGGCUGCCCUUGAGGUGCUGCAGGACAGCCCCCUGUAUGACUGUCGCUGCAAGAGGGGCAUGAAGAGGGAGCUCCAAUGUCUGCAGAGCUACUGGAGUAUUCAUAUGGGUCUCAAUGAAGGAAUCUUGCCCAGCCCAACACAACUGCUUGACCAAUGGGGAGAAGAACUGUAUGAGACCUCCCCAUAUGAACCAAUGCAUCUCUCUGAUGAGUUUCGACUCGCCUCCAUCAUUUCUGCCAUGGACUCUGCUUCUGCAAAAGGGAAUCUGUGUUCUGACACGGGCAAGCCCUGCAAUCCAUGCCUGGAUGCAGCAAAGGCCUGCAACCUCAACGACACCUGUAAGAAACAACGUACUGCACUUAUGGCCACCUGCAGCCCUGCAACUCCCAUUCAGCAAAUGCAUGAGCCCUGCAACCGAAAACGCUGUCACAGGGGUCUGCGACAGUUCUUUGAUCGCGUGCAAACAGAAUUCAGCUACCCAUUGCUCUUCUGCUCCUGUCGGGAUAAAGCUUGUGCCGAACGUCGCCGGCAAACCAUCAUGCCUGGGUGUUCUUAUGAGGAGAAGACAAAACCCAACUGCCUUGAGCUAAGGAGGACCUGCCGUUCAGAUCCACUCUGCAGAUCCAGGCUGGCAGACUUCCACAUGAAUUGCCAGAUGACACCACAUUCAAUAACAAGCUGUCCUAAUGAUAACUACCAUGGUUGUCUGGUGUCCUACGUUGGACUCAUUGGAUCAGAUGUGACUCCAAACUAUGUGGAUGCAAGCCACACCAACAUCACCAUUUCCCCUUGGUGUGGCUGUCGAGGCAGUAGAAAUCACGAAGCUGAGUGCGAGGCCUUCCUCCGAGACUUCAGAGAGAACACUUGCCUGAGAAACGCUAUCCAGGCAUUUGGUUAUGGCACGGAUGCGGGUCUUGUUCCCAUCACGGAGUCUCAGUCGGCAGCCCCAUCAGUACAGUCCAAUCUGCAACCAGCUAUCAUCACCAAAAAUGUCAUUAACUCAAAUGAUGUCAAGCAAAUAGACAGGUCAUGUGUUUUCUCCACAUGUGCCAACCUUCAGGACAGUCAGCAGAAGUGUUCUAGCAGUUUUGAAUGCGCUGAUGAGAAUGUGCUGAAUCCCAAUAUGGAGGGAUCCAUUGACUCGGUGGGCUCUCAACAGGCUGACAACAACAGAGCCAGACAUUCAUCUGUGACUUCAAUCAGUGUUUCUGCCGCCAUACUGACACUGGCCUUUGCACUGGUCAGUCAGGUUCUGUAAACACAGCCUGACUCUACAACUCCAGGAAUCAUCUGGUGGAUUCUUCUGACCUCAAUCAAAGAAAUUCUCUAAAGUGACAUUGAUCUCUCU